UGUAAUUUGUUUUAAAACCACUCUGCGUUGUUUUGAUCCUGAGGGGAAAGGACAAUGAUAUUGCCACAUGGCGCUCAUUGAACUCUGUUCCAGUUGGCAGUAGCAGCAACUUUGUAGACAGGGGGCCGGACUAAACCUUUUUGUUCGACUUCUACGAGCCCGGUAUUGGUGAGGCUACAGUCCUGUUCGCAACAUUUCAUCUAGACAGUGUUGAGCUGUACAGUAAGUAGACCAAGACUUUGCUGACUGUCCCUGGGGCAUCAGAAUACAAAGGGCCAUGGAUCAAACCAGCAGCCUUCCAGUUGCAAGACCGCAGCAAUAACACCUGUGCCAACCUGUACAAAGAUUUAAUGGAUCGAGCAAAUCACGAGCAGUCCGGAGAUGAACCGUUCAUCCUUUUUCGUGCAAUACUGACAAGAUUGAACGAUGCCGCCUUUACGGCGAUGUCCCGUCUUCAACAGCGGGCCAUGCAGGGUGUCAUUGUGUUCUCCGUGCUGGUGCUGCUCCUCUGGAUCUCCGCCUUUUUGUACGGGAGCUUCUACUACUCCUACAUGCCCUUGGCUACUUAUUCGACACCAGUGCACUAUCACUACAGGACAGACUGUGACUCUUCAAACUUAUUCACGUGCUCGUAUCCUGUGGCCAAUGUCUCACUGAUGAAAAACAACAAACCUGUGUUGACAUUCGGCCAGGCCUAUCAUAUAACUCUUCAACUGGACAUGCCUGAUUCCGAGAUCAACCAGGAGCUCGGCAUGUUCAUGAUCAGGACAACCUGCUUCUCUCGUGAUGGAGGCCAAGUGGCGACGUCUGCUCGUUCAGCAAGGCAGCUGCUAUCCGCCUCCAGCUCUCGCUUUAGUAUGCUGCGGUACCAGUCCAACCUUCUGAGGACCAUGUCAACGCUGCUGUUCUUCCCAAUGCUGAUGAGUGGAGUUGCUGAGCAGAAACAAGUGUUGGCGGUGGAACUCUUCUCAGAAUACACAGACGACCCAUACUCCCCCUCGGCCACAGCCGUCCUUGAGAUCCUAUCCAGCAAGGUGCAGAUCUACUCGUCCCAGCUCUACAUCCAUGCUCAUUUCACUGGUGUAAGGUACUUGCUGUUCAACUUCCCAGUCCUGUCAGCUGUCGUGGGCGUGUCCAGUAACUUUAUGCUCCUCGCCGUCCUCUUGGUCUUCAGCUACAUGCGGCUGCUGUUGGGCAGCCCAGUGCAGCAGGCCCAAAUCAAUACAGCAGGCAGGGUGGGAAAUGGUGACAACCGCAAUACGCCUACAUGAGACAUUUCAGCUGUGAGCUCUGCGUGAACAAACGACCAGCCCUCUCCUUGGCAUGAAAAGACAAUUUAGUAUGCAUAAAUUGAAAGUAGUAAUGUAUUCCUCCUCUAUUAUGCUGUCACAUUCUAUGGGCGCUUCCACUUGAGCUGGACAAAGAAGUUCCAAUGGUGUCUCGUUUCCUCACACCAGUCUGUUUUGCUUUGUAUGAAGAAAGAUUCUGUUAUAUGGGAAAUUUCUGGAACUGGCGGAACACAUCACUUAUAACAACACUAUCAGAAUCACAGACCCGCAUAGUCAACCUACAUUCUAAUAUUUGUUCUGUGAAAUUGUAUCCAUUUAUUCUCAACAGUAUAUUAUCUUCAUUUUGUAGUUUCUUUUUGCUGCACUGCUUCCAUUAUGUUUAUUCUAUGUGUAUGUUAGAUGGUUGUUUUUUUGCCCAAUCAGAUUUCAGACUACUACCAUGUCAAUUUCAUAAUAAUGUUCAGAGACUAUAUAUACAGUUUUGCACCUGUUGCUAGGCAUAUAAAAGAAUCAUUUUUGUUCAAUUGUCAAAUUUAUUAUUAUUGCAGUAUACAUACCUUUUGUGACAUUUAGUUUUGGGGGUGCGUGAGAUUUGUAUAAUGUAAACAAUGCUCCUAAGGGCAAUAAAAGUUGUAUUGAGCCUUA